AUGGUUGUCGCUCCAAAAUCUACUCUUGGCAAUUGGAUGAAUGAAAUCAAACGUUUCUGCCCUGUGUUGCGUGCUGUGAAGUUUCUUGGAAAUCCAGAUGAAGGAAGUUACAUAUGUGAGGAGUUACUUUUUGCCGGAAAAUUUGAUGUUUGUGUCACUAGCUUUGAAAUGGCCAUCAAAGAGAAAUCUGCCUUGCGCCGCUUUAGCUGGCGCUAUAUCAUUAUUGACGAAGCUUAUCGGAUCAAAAAUGAAAAUUCUCUUCCUUCAAAAACAAUGAGACUUUACAGUACUAAUUAUCAGCUUCUUAUUACUGGAACACCACUUUAG